AAGGACACUAAAAAAAUGUACGCCAUGAAGUACAUGAACAAGCUGAAAUGCGUGGAGCGGAAUGAAGUGAGAAACGUCUUGAAAGAGCUGCAGAUAAUGCAGAACCUUGAACAUCCUUUCCUGGUCAACUUCUGGUAUUCCUUCCAGGAUGAGGAGGACAUGUUUAUGGUGGUGGACUUGCUCUUGGGAGGAGAUUUGCGCUAUCACCUCCAGCAGAACGUCCACUUUUCAGAGAGCACCGUCAAACUCUAUGUCUGUGAACUGGCCCUGGCCCUGGGAUACCUCCGCAGCAAGCGCAUCAUACACAGGGACAUCAAACCUGACAACAUACUACUGGAUGAACAUGGGCACGUCCAUCUAACAGACUUCAACAUCGCAGCUAUUGUAAAAGAAGACCUAAAGGCAACGUCCAUUGCUGGGACCAAGCCGUACAUGGCUCCUGAGCUGUUCCAAACCUUUGAAGGUUCCCACCCUGGUUACUCCUUCUCAGUCGACUGGUGGUCGCUGGGCAUCACAGCCUACGAGCUACUAAGAGGACAGAGACCGUAUGUGAUGAGAUCCAGUACACCAGCUAACGAGAUCCUUCAGACCUUCCACAAGGUUCAUCCCAGCUACCCAGCAGCCUGGUCUCUGGAGAUGAAGUCUCUACUCAGAAAGUUGCUGUGCAUAGAUGUCCAGAAGCGCAUUUCCUGUCUAGCAGAGCUUCAGGAUCUGGAUUACAUGUCAGAUGUCAACUGGGACGCUGUGCUCAGCAAACAGCUUCCUCCAGGCUUUAUUCCCAAUAGGCGGAGACUAAACUGUGACCCCACAUUUGAGCUGGAGGAAAUGAUCCUGGAGUCCAAACCGCUUCACAAGAAGAAGAAAAGGCUUGCAAGAAAAACUAAGGACCAGGGAUCUGAUGGCUCCCCACAGAACGGUCAGUUGCAGCAGAGACUGGAUAAUGUCCAGAGAGAUUUCAUUGUCUUCAACAGAGAAAAGUCAAAGAAAGCAGUGGUGGACUCAGACUCCGCUGAGUUGUCCAUAAGCGAGAAGAACAAGGCACUAGAGGAUGGACAGAACAACAAUGUUGAGCCGGCUGCCUACUUAUCAGGAUAGGUCUCAUGACCCAAGAUUCCUUGGUAGUCCCUUAUCACUUGCACCUGCCCACAGCUUGUAGAUCAGCAAUUUACACCCUAUUGUUCUAUCAGCACAGGCACUCAGAUCCGGUCUUCAAUGUUCCUGCACCACCACGUCGUCUAUACAAACACAAACGUGGUUUGCACCUGUGCUUCACUGUUCACCCACAAAAACCACAUCAAGAGCUCGAGGACUGCAGGAGUGAAAUGGACUCCCAGAGCAGCAGUCAUGCCAGCCAGACCCAGGCUUCUUGCUUUCCUGUCACUAAGAAGAAUGACUCUCAGCAAACUGUCACUCAUAUCAUGCUCCCGUACAUCACCCUGGUGCUCUGAGGUCUGCUCAACCUUUACUCUGGGCAGUGAGCUGAAGUAAGGAGGAAGUCACUCCCCUGCCAAAAAAGGAGACAA